AUGGAGCUGGGCUGCUCUCAAUUUCCUCGGGCGACACGCCAAACUGUCGGUGCAAAGCUCAGAAUUGGAUCUACAUGGAAAGACCGUUACCUAUCCCCUACAAAUGUCAAGAUUCAACCUAUCGGACCUAUUUUCAAGCGCCACAUUACGUCCAAGGGGUCAACAGCUGACCCCGGUUCUGCCCCCGAUCGAGAGCGAGUGGUGAUACUCGGUUCAGGAUGGGGAGGCUAUACGCUCUCGAGGCGACUGUCCCCUUCUAAGUUCUAUCCGACCGUCGUUUCCCCUCGCUCGUAUUUUGUUUUCACUCCACUUCUGACAGACGCCGCUGCCGGCUCCCUCAACUUUUCUGAGAUUGUGGAGCCCGUUCGUGAUCGGAAGAGUCAGGUUCAUUAUAUACAGGCUGCUGCUCGGAGUGUGGACUUCAACAAGAAAACUGUUAUGGUUGAGGCUUGCGUUGUCAAAAGCGGGGUGACAGAAUCGCCACGUGUGGAACGAUCCGAAAGGGAGACUGAUCAGGGGCCACAGAUUGGGAACCUUCGGGGAAAGGAAGCCCUGCGAAAGUGGGAAGCGGGUCAGGUAUUCGAGGUACCGUACGAUAAACUGGUUAUCGCCGUUGGCUGUGUUAGUCGUACGUUCAACACACCAGGAGUGAGACAAAAUGCAAUGUUCUUCAAGGACAUAGGUGACGCUAAACGAGUGAAGAGACGGGUGCGAGAAUGCUUCGAGUUAGCUGUCAUGCCCACAACGAGUUUCGAGUUGCGAAAGAACCUAUUGCACUUUGCAAUUGUGGGCGCUGGCCCCACUGGAACCGAAUUGGCCGCUGCACUUUGCGAUUUUCUACACGACGAUAUGUUCCAAAUUUAUCCUAAACUGAAAGAUAGCACUCGUAUUACCUUGUACGACGUGGCUCCAAAGGUUCUCAGUAUGUUUGAUAAGACGUUGUCGGAUUAUGCAAUGACCGUCAUGAGCAGAGAAGGUGUGGAGGUGAAAACCAAUCACCAUAUCCAAGAGCUUCGAUGGGGUGAGCCGCACAAGGAUCCUGCCCCUGAGAUGGAUCCAAAGGGCUGCUUGACACUUAAAACGAAGGAAGGAGGAGAAGAAGGCGUGGGAAUGUGUGUUUGGGCCACCGGAAACGAGAUGAAUAAGUUUGUCAACGAUUCUUUGGGCCCACUGGAGCAAUUCCCGACAUUCUCAGCGCUCUUUCAACCCGGCCAUACUUCUUCUAAUGAUCCAAAGUCGGUUGCUUGGAAAAUAAAAAAAGCUCCUAAAACCGGAGCUCUUCUCGUUGAUAACCAUUUGCGCGUCCAGCUCGAGUCCGAAGACGGUAGAGGGGCUGUGAUGCAAGAUGUCUUCGCCCUGGGUGACAACUGCAUGCUGGAAAGCGAUUCUCCUCCUGCAACAGCACAGGCCACUAAUCAAGAAGCGUGCUGGCUAGCAAAACGGCUCAAUAAAGGAGGUAUUGGCCAAGAACCGGGCUUUUCGUUCAAAAACUUUGGCAUGAUUGCGUAUCUCGGGAGCUCGAAGGCUUUAAUGCAGAUUCCAAGCAGCGAACACCUUCCCAAGGGUAUCAAGGGCCGCACAGCGUGGUUAAUAUGGAAAGGAGCAUAUUUAACUAUGAGUUUGAGUUGGAGAAACAGGUUAAGAAUUCUGUAUUCCUGGAUGUCCAAUUGGGCGUUUGGAAGAGAUAUUUCGAGGUAUUAG